AGCAGCAGCAUCACCAUCAUCUACAUCAUCUGUCAACCCUUCACAUUCUACAGCCCUACACCUUUCUCUGCUUCCUCAUUCUUUCAGGUGCCUUGUCAUUUGUCUAGCAGUAUAGAGAUUAUCUGAACCAGCGUCACCUAAUUCGUUGCCCAACAUGUCGGGGAGCGCGUACGAUAGACACAUUACCAUCUUCUCAGACCAAGGCCGUCUCUACCAAGUUGAAUAUGCUUUCAAGGCCAUCACAGCAGCAAAUAUUACUUCGGUCGGCAUCAGGGGAAAGAACUGUGCGGUUGUACUAUCACAGAAGAAAGUUCCAGACAAACUUAUCGACCCAGCCUCUGUCACGCACAUUUUCAAGCUGUCUCCGUCUGUCGGAUGUGCCAUGACCGGAUCGAUAGCUGAUGCGCACGCCUCCGUCAACCGGGCAAGGGGCGAAGCUGCUGAAUUCCGAUACAAGUAUGGAUACGAGAUGCCGUGCGACGUGCUCUCGAAGAGGCUGGCAAAUAUCAAUCAGGUCUACACGCAAAGAGCCUACAUGCGUCCACUGGGCGUCGCAAUGACCCUGAUAUCAGUCGAUCAGGAACUCGGACCUCAAGUAUACAAGUGUGACCCCGCGGGGUAUUAUGUGGGCUACAAAGCGACUGCUGCAGGCCCUAAGCAGCAGGAGGCGCAAAACUUUUUAGAGAAGAAAUUGAAAAAUAAAGAUUACGCUGACGGUAGCUGGGAGGGAGUGGUUGAGCUGGGCAUCAACACGCUAAGCGCUGUCCUCAGCAUGGAUUUCAAGAAGACUGAAUUGGAGGUCGGCAUCGUCGGUGGACCACGAGCUGAUGGUCAAGAAGGAACGGAUGUUGGGUUCAGGGCAUUGACAGAGGAUGAGAUUGACGAAAGAUUACAGGCAAUUGCCGAAAAAGAUUAGACAUAGCGACGCCACAAGAGGAGACACCGAGCAUUUCGAAGGGGCGCGCUUUCUGCCACCUGUAGGAAUUAAGAUGGUGCAAGCAACCUUCGACUGAGCUUGGAACUUGAGCUGUGGUGGGGCUAAUGCCGGGCGGCCAUUUUCAUGGCCCGCAUUCGAUAUGCUAGCCAUUUUCGGUUCGAAACUGUGUCAGUAAUUUUGUUACGUAUGAGCGCAUGGAUUCAAAUUAGAAACAGUUAACCAGAAGCCCACAGUUCUAUAGUGGGAAAAUUUUGCUGCAUGCAUGCUGAGAUAAUGAAAAGAAACAAUGUGUGGCGUCAUGAAGGGCGUGAUUCUGCAGUGGUU